AUAGCUCCCCGGAACGUACGGUGUCGGCUACCUUACGGACUCGCUGGUUAAGAUGGCGGCGCCUGGGCGACAUUGGCGGCUCUAGGUGGGCGACCUGUUUGUUGGCUGCUAAGCGCUCGUCCGGGGCGUGCGGAGUAAGAGUGCGGUGCCGCGGAGGCGGGACCGGGAGCGGAAGUGGUUGUGGGCGCCUUUGCCACCGCCGCGGACGCCGCCGCCGAGGGGCUGGUUCAGGUUCGCGGGUUGCUGCCAGGGAUCCGGAGCGGGUGCGCUGUGAGCGGAGAAAUGGAAGGAGACGGUUCAGACCUGGAACCUCCAGAUGCCGGGGAGGACAGCAAGUCUGAGAAUGGGGAGAACGCUCCCAUCUACUGCAUCUGCCGCAAACCGGACAUCAAUUGCUUCAUGAUUGGAUGUGACAACUGCAAUGAGUGGUUCCAUGGGGACUGCAUCCGGAUCACUGAGAAGAUGGCCAAGGCCAUCCGGGAAUGGUACUGUCGGGAGUGCCGAGAGAAGGACCCGAAGCUGGAGAUUCGUUAUCGGCACAAAAAGUCCCGGGAGCGGGAUGGCAGUGAGCGGGACGGCAGUGAGCCCCGGGAUGAGGGAGGAGGGCGCAAGAGGCCUGCUUCAGAUCCAGAACUGCAGCGCCGGGCAGGGUCAGGGACAGGGGUUGGGACCGUGCUUGCUCGGGGCUCCGCUUCGCCCCACAAAUCUUCUCCACAGCCUUUGGUGGCUACACCCAGCCAGCAUCACCAGCAACAGCAGCAGCAGCAGCAGCAGCAGCAGCAGCAGCAGCAGCAGCAGCAGCAGCAACAGAUCAAACGGUCGGCCCGAAUGUGCGGGGAGUGUGAGGCGUGCCGGCGCACCGAAGACUGUGGCCACUGUGACUUCUGCCGUGACAUGAAGAAGUUCGGGGGCCCCAACAAGAUCCGGCAGAAGUGCCGGCUUCGCCAGUGUCAACUGCGGGCACGGGAAUCGUACAAGUACUUCCCUUCCUCGCUCUCGCCGGUGACGCCCUCAGAGGCCCUGCCAAGGCCCCGCCGGCCACCACCCACUCAACAGCAGCCACAGCCAUCCCAGAAGCUGGGGCGUAUCCGUGAAGAUGAGGGGACAGUGUUGUCAUCUGUGGCUAAGGAGCUACCAGAGGCUACAGCAACACCUGAACCACUUUCCGAUGAGGACCUAGCACUGGACCCUGAUCUGUACCAGGACUUCUGUGCUGGGGCCUUUGAUGAUCACGGCCUACCCUGGAUGAGUGACGCCGAAGAGUCCCCGUUCCUGGAUCCGGCCCUGAGGAAGCGGGCGGUAAAAGUGAAGCAUGUGAAGCGUCGAGAGAAGAAGUCUGAGAAGAAGGUGAUGGAGAGGAAGGAGGAGCGGUACAAACGGCAUCGACAGAAGCAGAAACACAAAGACAAAUGGAAACACCCAGAGAGGGCUGACACCAAGGACCCUGCAUCCCUGCCGCAGUGCCUGGGGCCUGGCUGUGUGCGGGCCGCCCAGCCUGCUUCCAAGUACUGUUCCGAUGACUGUGGCAUGAAGCUGGCAGCCAACCGAAUCUAUGAGAUCCUCCCCCAGCGCAUCCAGCAGUGGCAGCAAAGCCCCUGCAUUGCCGAAGAGCACGGCAAGAAGCUACUAGAACGCAUCCGCCGUGAGCAGCAGAGUGCCCGCACCCGUCUCCAAGAAAUGGAGCGCAGAUUCCACGAGCUCGAGGCCAUCAUUCUUCGAGCUAAGCAGCAGGCUGUGCGUGAGGACGAGGAGAACAAUGAGAACGACAGUGAUGAUACAGAUCUGCAGAUCUUCUGCGUCUCCUGUGGGCAUCCCAUCAACCCACGCGUUGCCUUGCGCCACAUGGAGCGUUGCUAUGCCAAGUAUGAGAGCCAGACAUCCUUUGGGUCCAUGUACCCCACACGCAUUGAAGGGGCUACCCGACUCUUCUGCGAUGUCUACAAUCCCCAGAGCAAAACAUACUGUAAGCGGCUCCAGGUGCUAUGUCCUGAGCACUCACGGGACCCCAAAGUGCCAGCUGAUGAGGUCUGCGGGUGUCCACUUGUACGGGAUGUCUUUGAGCUCACAGGUGACUUCUGCCGCCUGCCCAAGCGCCAGUGCAAUCGCCAUUAUUGCUGGGAGAAGCUUCGGCGUGCAGAAGUGGACUUGGAGCGUGUUCGGGUGUGGUAUAAGCUAGACGAGCUCUUUGAGCAGGAACGAAAUGUUCGCACAGCCAUGACCAACCGAGCAGGCUUACUUGCCCUGAUGCUGCACCAGACCAUCCAGCACGACCCACUCACUACCGACCUGCGAUCUAGUGCCGACCGCUGAGCUCCACCAGCCCAGAGCCCCUCAACCCUGCAUUCCAGUUAGGGGAGUGGCCCUGCGUCGCCCGCUUUCUGUUCCUCCAUUCAUCCGUUUCUUCCACCGCUCCGUAGUUUUAUCCCUCUGCCCAUCUACUUUUUGGCUUCCAUUUGCCCUUAUUAAAGGGCCUCUGAUUUCCUGUUGUCACUGUCCCUCUCCAUAUUCAGUGCUGGGGUGAGACUGUGGAGUUUACUCACCCUUGCCUGUACCUUCCCCGUAAACAAACGGGUUUUGUUAAUAAAAUUUUCAACAACCAAUAA